UGAUUGAUUUUUAUAAAAUCAUAAAUGGGUUUAUCUUAAAGUUUAUAAAUAGCACAAGAAAUUUUAAAAACAUCAAAAACGCGUCUCGACCAAUCAAAAUGUUCCUAAGCACCCCACGUGACUAUAGUUUCCUAUCCAGUGAUUUUAUUAUCCAUGGUUCUAUUGUUCAAUUUCGUUACAUUUUAUUCCACGUUGUCUACAUAUUUUUAUUAAAGCAACUAUUGGCGAACGAAGCAAAAAUGAUGACUCGGGAGAAACGCAAGAGCGAUCAGUCAAGAAAAAACAAUACAACAUCUCCUGAACCGGGAAAUAAAAAAUGUAGAAAGAUUGAUGACGAGAAAACAAACGAUAAACAUAACGAAUCUGAUGAAGUUCAAUUACAAGUUCCAACCCAAGUUCCAACCACUCCGAAUCAAGCAACUAACAGUGUAGCUGAUAGACCACAUGGACGAGAUCCUACAAAAACUAUAAACAUUGCCGUCUCAUCAAGAGCACUGUUUGGUUUAGACGAGGAGCAUAAAACCUUCGUUGACAAAGGUUUGCAUGAAUAUAUCAAGAUGCAAGUGAACAAAGAAGAUGAGUGUUUAGAACCUGGAUCUGCUUUUCCUUUUAUCAAGGCUCUGAAGAAUGUCAAUGAUGCUUUGAAAAGAAGAGAUCAUGCAGAGGAAGAAUUAUUUACAGUUACGCUGAUGUCAAAGAAUAGUGCUCAAGUUGGAAUACGGCUCCAGAAAUCAAUUGAAAAUUACCCAGAACUGAAAAUUGAACGUAUGGCACUAACAGGUGGAACAUCUCCCACUAAUUAUCUAAAAGCUUUGAACAUCACGUUAUUUUUAACAAGUGAAGAAGAAGAUGUGAAAGAAGCUCUUAGACAAGGUUUUCCUUCGGCAGUGAUGUCGACUCAAGUCACUAAUACUACAAGUGAAACUCAGCUUCGUGUCGCAUUCGAUCUUGACGCUGUGUUGUUCUCUGAUGAAUCUGAGAGAAUUUACAAAGAAUAUGGCCUUGGUGCAUUUUUGGCGCACGAAAAAAAGAAUAAGGAAAAACCUUUAGAUGAAGGUCCAAUAAAACCUUUCGCUAUGGCGUUGGGAAAGAUGAGGAAGAAGUUUGAACCUUCCGAACAAGACUGUCCAAUCAGAACAUUUCUAGUAACAUCACGUGACGCAGAAGUGGGCGAACGUGCUUUGAAGACAUUACGUCAUUGGGGAUUAAAGAUUGAUGAGUCAUUCUUCAUGGCAGGUGCACCAAAGGGUGAAAUAUUGAAAGCAAUCAAUCCCCAUAUAUAUUUUGAUGAUCAGCAAUCUCACAUUAAAAGUGCGAGAGAAAAAGGGACACCAUCAGGACACGUUCCCAGCACAGAUCAACAAACAUACGAUAAGACCAAACAAGAGUCGGUCAAGACCAAUUUGAAAUUUUGAAAUGCUAAUAUACUCAAUGAAAAAUGUUAUACUUUAUAUUAUAACAUCCUUAACAACGUCCUGAUUGAUUUAUGUAAAUGAUAUCUAGUAUUUUAUGAUAAAUUAAAGUUUAAAUAAUUAUAUUCUAACACAUUCAUUUGACAUUUUUAAAUUAAACUCCCUUUUAAACUCGUCCA